CCCUGCGGCGCCCGCAGAGAAUCCACCCCUGCUUCCAACGAAAAAACGAUACGAUUGCUUCGCUCGGCAAAAAGGUCUCCUCCUCCUUCCUCCCCCCCUGUUCGGUUCCCCUUGGCGGCAGGCGGCGGCGGCAGCGCUCGCUCUCCCGCGUGAGGAGAGCCCGAGUCUUUCCAUAUUCCAAUCCACCCCAAGCGACAAAAAGGAGGCGCUCCUCCAUAGGUGGAGGUUGGCAGGUACUUUGGUGGCGCGCCUGUCUCACACGGAUUUGGUUGGAUUCGAAUCAAGCCGGGAGACACAGGUUUCGUGCCGCGCGCGCGGGAGGCGGAGAUGCACAAGAGCAAGGGGAAGCUCUCCGGCGUCCUGCACAAGGGCUUCAAGCCCGACAAGUGCAAGACGUCGCUGCGGAUGGCGGUGGCGCGGAUCAAGCUGCUGCGGAAUCGCAAGGAGGUGCAGGUACGCCAGAUGCGCCGCGAGGUCGCGCAGCUGCUCGAGGCCAACCAGGACAUGACCGCGCGCAUCAGGGUUGAACAUGUCAUAAGGGAGGAGAAGUUCAUGCAAGCAUAUGACUUGAUUGAAGUAUACUGUGAACUUAUAGUAGCACGUCUGUCCAUUAUUGACUCACAGAAGACUUGCCCAAUUGAUCUGAAGGAGGCAGUAGCCAGUGUUGUAUUUGCAUCAAUGCGGUGUUCGGAUGUCACAGAACUAGCAGAUGUUCGGAAGCAUUUCAAAAGCAAGUAUGGAAAAGAGUUUGAAGCAGCAGCUCUUGAAGUGCGACCUGACAGUGGCGUAAAUCGUCUGGUAAUUGAGAAGCUGUCAGCAGGAGCACCUGAUAUACAGACCAAAAUCAAAACCUUGAGCUCGAUAGCAGAGGAGCACAACAUUAAAUGGGAGCCAAAAGCAUUUGAGGAGAAACUGCAACAGCCAAAUGAAAAUCCUCUGUAUGGUUCUGCAACAUAUUCUGGAGGAAACAUUUCAACUAUGGGAUCAUCUACUUCUAGCAUGUCAACACCACAGCCUACAUAUUCAGGUGUAAGUGCAGCAGCUGUGGACUCAGCCACUUCCCAUGUGUCAAUGGGACCUUCGCCUGUACAUGUGCCAGCAAAUAGAACAACAUAUGGCAAUGCCAGUUCUAAUACUUUUUCGAAAGAAAACAUCCAUAAUAGCUCCAGUGCUUCAGUACCUCCUAUCUCCCAACAUGGGCCAUCUGCUUACUCUUCAGCACAGACUCCUGGAUCUAACAAUAUCUCACAUGGAAAUCCAGGAGGUCCACCUUACCCUCAAUACAGCGCAACAGCCCCAGACACAGCAUCCAGGAAUGGAGAGAUCCGUCAGCAUAGGGAAAGAAAACCUUCGGUGACUGGUGCCAAUUGGAAUGUGGAAUUCAAGGAUGCAACAUCUGCUGCACAGGCAGCAGCAGAGUCCGCAGAGAUGGCUAGCAUUGCUGCUAGAGCUGCUGCUGAACUUGCUAGUCGUGGAAACUAUUCUGGAGAUAAAGGCACUGGAGCAUAUGAUUCAGCCGCAUACAGUAGCGAAAACACACCAAGGAAGCAACAAGCUGAACACAUAGUGAAGGAUGAGAAGAGUUUCCAUAACCAGAGUUCAGGUGUUAAUGAUCCAAGGGUGAUGCCAAGUAACUCAAGAAAAAGUUUUGGAGGAACAGAAACUACCCGUGUUGAUAGUCAGAAUAUAUCAACAGAUAAGGCCCCAUAUCAACAGUUCGGCUCCUACAGUCCAGAAAACCAUCCAUAUGUUUAUGAAAUGCCAACUGAACCACCUCAUGCCCAUUCUCCUGACCCACGUUUUGAUGAUUUAUAUGAGAGAGAAAGUGACAUUGGAAGAUCUGAAGUUCAUCCAUUUGAUUUUCCUGAAGAAAACUUGCAAGAUACUGGGCCUGUUGGGCGCAAUUUCAAGGAUGUGGAGAUCAGGAGACCUAGCUCUGAUCACGAGAGCACAGAUGACUACUAUGGUAACUUUAAUUCUUCACAUGAUACAUUUGCCCAUGGCAGCAGCAGCACUGCUUGGGACAAGCAGAAUGACAAAGCUCAAGGCAAUUCUUCACCCGUUGUUUUUGAUCAAUAUGAUUCUGAUGUUGAAGAAGAGAAUUUAUUGGACACAUUCUCCUCAAAGCACACUGAACAACUACCUGAUCCCAGAGAUCAUAUGGGAUUCUCAACUGCAGAUUGGAGUGAACAGCAUAGAAGUGAAUCUCCAUCCAACCAGAAAACGUCGGCCCUAUUUUCCAGAAGAGAAACACAACUAUCUGAUAAUCUAGGAACAAACAGAAGUGAUAUUCCUUCACCUCAUUCUUAUGAUAACUUGCAUCCCGCUUUUGAUUCAGAUGGUGGUAACUCUGAUGAGGAAAUAGCCACAACCAUGCAUGCAGUGUCUUUAAGGUCCCAUUCAGGAAGGUCCCAUCCAGGAGGCUCUGUUUCAUCUGGCCUGAACAAAGGUGGUGGACCUGAUGGUUCACUAUAUGAUUAUUCAGGAGCACAGGCAGUGAGGAACUUGAACCGUGUGCAAAGCAGAGAUUCCGAUCUUUCGGAAGAAGAGACAGAUUUAGAUAAAUUUAAAGGUUCAUCCUCAGCUGGAGCAAAUGAGCAGCAGUCGUUGCCUUUUGCCAUUAGUACUUCAGCAGCUUCUGAUGAUAAGGAAGGUGACAUCGGCCUUAACUUUGGUAGGUUAACGCCUGGACUAAGAAACAAAACCAGGCAACCCCCACCAUACACCAAAGUUUCCAGGGAGAGCAUUCUGCCUAAGCAGUCCUUGCCUACGGUUUCUUCCAGCACUGAAGAGUCAGUUGAUUCUGAAGAGAAUACUUCAUUCAAACAGAAUAUAAGUAGCCCCAAAAGCUCGUUUUCAGCCAGGACUAAUUCAGGUAAAAACCACGACAGUGAACUUUAUGAAAGGAAUCAAAAUGCUGGAACACACUGGGAAGCAAGAUCAACCAUAGCAAGAAAUUCCUUUGGUUUAGCUGACACUGAGAAGUUAUCUGAGCUACCUAGUAAUAUAAGUCUUCCAACAACUAAGAGUUCUGAACGUGCGAAUUCGAGUCAAGUGCUUUAUCAUGAAAAGCCAGGUAUUGGAGCACGCCGAGGACUGAGAUCAACAAUGGCUAGAAAUUAUUUCGAUACAGAUGACAGUGAAGAAGAACUAGAGCAACAACAGACUCCUCAGUCGAAGCGGUCUGGAGUGCUGAUACAAUCACGCAGGACACGGGAGGUAACAUCAGACACAAAGAGAGAGAGUCGUAUCCAAAUUGGAGCUCAAUAUGAUGAUGAAACUGAGAGCAUGCCAAGUAAGACACAAGUCCAUCAAGGAUUCAAUAGCUCAAGUACUGAACAAAGGACUGAAAUGAGGGAUGCAAGCGUGUACCCCAGGGUUGCAGUACAGCGCUCUUCGCCUAAAGCUCAGCAGAUUGAAUCUCCGGUGGCUAGACGGAAGCCACAAGAAGCUGAAAUGAGAAGAAACUUUGUUGGAGGAAACGAGGGGGACGCAGAAACCUCAGCUGGAACUCCAAAAGAGAGCACCCCGAAAACACCCCCUGCACAUGUUCAUCCCAAGCUUCCAACAGACUAUGAUUCUUUUGCCGCACAUUUUAGGUCUCUUCGAACAAACCGGCCUUAGGUUUACACGACAUGUAUAGAGCUUGGAGUUUCAGUUGAAUUAAGUCAUACAUACGAUAGACAAUGAUACGUUUUAUAGUGGUUGAGUUGAGAUCUGUACAGUAUAGCAACACAGAAUGUUUUCUGGAUACCAUGGUGCUGUGCUAGUUUGAGCCUACAAUUCUUUUGUUCUCUUGUACCCUUAAUAUAUUCAAUAGAAUCAUAUUGUAAAGACUUAAAUUUCCUGCUAGUGAUUGUUAAUAAGCACGGCAUGUUGCCGUAUGUAUACAACUUCCGGGGUUCUUUCAUUUCAUUCCAUUGUAACUGGAUCUGGUACACUUAUGCUAUGCAUGAAUUUUGUAAGAGAUUGAUCCAUAAAUUCUGCAGCCUCGUCUGUAGUCUAUUCA